AUGCCGUCAAAAGUGUCAGAAGUUUACAUCCUAGGAUCUGAGUCCAUAAAAGAGAAGCCCAGGCUCAAUGAAGGCCAAGCAUAUUUUAACAUACUGACCGACGGGGAGCUACUUCCCUCGUGUCUUUCAAUUCGGAAGAAUGAGCCACUUCGCAUCGCAGACGUGGCCACAGGAACGGGGCAACUGCCAGAUCUCCUGUCCUCUCGCUUUGUGGGCUUCGAUGUAUCAUCGGCACUCUUCCCACCACCGCAAGCCCUUCCUGCCCAGGUGACGCUCUAUGAACACGACAUACGACACCAGUUUCCUGCUGAAUUUAUCAGCACCUUCAAUGUGGUGCAUGCAAGGUUCCUGAAAUACGCUUUCCUUAACAUGGAGUGGGAAGGCGUCUUGCAAAAUAUGGUUUCUCUCCUAAAGCCCGGAGGCUACCUCCUAUGGGAGGAUUCGGACUAUAGCUUAUAUAGCUGUAUUCCAUCUUCAUUGGCCUUUACUGAGAUGGUAAACUUUGAUAUCGAAUUUGCGCUCAAUUAUGAUAACUCCAUAAUCAGCGGGAUUGAUCAACUGCGAUAG